UCCGAGCGAAUACCGUGGCGUCGGGCUGUGCUGCAGUGUUCAAGCGGUGCUCACCACCGACUCACCCUCUCACUCAAUUGACAUAUAUAAUGAACCCAUCUACGCCAUGCCCUUCUUUCUUUGCUCUCACCACCUCUCUCACCACUCAACCAAAACUUCCAAUGCCCAACCCGGCCCCUCCCAACACGCGCCCUCGCGGCCUCGUACCGCACGGACUUCCCUCCGAGCUGUUCAAUGAAAUCACCACACACCUCGCAGACGACGAGGUCGCCCCCCUCCUCCGAGUCAACUCGGCGUGGUACAACGUGUCAAUUUCGCACAUGUACCGUUCCCACCGCAUCGAUGAGGCUGCCUUCCGCGCCUUAGAAGCCGGCGAGUCGCUCGACCGCUACGCCCCCAGCGGCCGGCCCAUCUUCCGCGUUGAUUGGCUAAGCAACACGAACACGCUCGAGAUUGUGCCACACACCGCAGCGCAGUGCGCCGCCGCCGCCAAGCACUUCCGCCACUCGUACCGCGCUCUCCGUCUGCCCUUGGGUCCCCAAGACCCCUUCCACGACGGCGAGUGUGCCUUCUUCAAGAACAACGCGACGCUCGUCCUCACGAAUUGCACGUUCGACCGCGUGAUGGAGCCCGUCGUCCCGCCGCCGGACGUGUGGGCGCCCGCGCACGUCUUCGAGUUCAGCCCGAAGCCUGUUAGCACGGCGUUAAUGACGGAGAUAUUUGACGACAUGGACUUCAGCAGUCUGCGUUUCCGCGAGUGGUUCAGGCCCCUGCCACCCGUGGCGGGCCGCUACAUCUUCCUCCUUCCCCCGCAGGGGCAGAACGAGGACGAGACUUGCAUAGUGAGGGUCAUGCAAGAGAUGUGCAUGAUGGCCGGGGCGUACGGCCCCGUGCCCACCACGUUCGUCGGGGGGUUCAUGGACGUGCGGUCCACGACCGUGGUCCGCGACCUGGAUCAGCCCCUCCUCGAUCUUGUGCAGAGCGAGACCGACGGUCCCGCGAGCAUGUAUGAGAUCUUCCAGGGAAUCCUCCGGAUCGUGGUGGAUUUGUUUGUGAACAAUCUGAUGGACUGGAGCGAGAUGGCAGAGGACGAACUCCCCAGCGCGAAGAAGGCACACAAGCAACAGAUGUACAACAACAUCAUCUUCAAGGCGGCCGAGGAUGUUCUUGAAAGUGGCGAGCUGGACAGCGUGAUACCCCGCCAGCAGAUUCGCCGCGCCGUAUACGGUCGUGUCCCGGCUGUCAGGUUGUAGUUGGACAGGACAGCUGUGCUGUCAGCAGAGGUGAUGCGAAGGGAUCAUACGUGCUUCGUGAUGUGAUAACGUGGGCGGACUUGAGCUUGAAAUGCGGCGCCAU